GAUGUUGGUGAUAGUGCCGAGUUUAGCACUUUGCAACAUGAUCCACGGAGAGGCCGGGCUCUGCGGCGCUGCAUCCUGCCACACCGCACCACAUGGAGACCGGAUAGAGGCUCGGUGAACGGGGGAUGAUAAGGAAAGAAGGAGGUGGACCGUCUUCCUCUGUGGGAUGCCUAUAUGAACAGCAUCAGCAGCUCCUGACAAAGCAAAGGCGAGACAGAGACAUGAGGGUGACGGGAAGCGCUGCCGGUGCUGAUUGCGGUCUGCGUCAAAGCUCCUCCAGCAGAUGAUGAUGCCCUCUGUGCCUCCGAAAGGACUUUUUGGGUUUGCUGUUUGCUUGUGAACACCCCUCAUGCUGCAGGGGCCUGUGUUCGUAACUCGGGGUGUAAACAAUCCAGCAGGGACAGUCAUGGUUACCCCAUCUCCAGUAGCUCAGACGCUCUCAGCAUCUGCAUUGUAAAAGAGGGGAGAGUGGGGGUUUUGAAGGAAUAUGCAGAGGUAAACACAACAAACAACAACAAAAAAUUAUUUUCAGAUCUUGAUCAGACACAGCCAUAGCCGGAUUCUGGGGGUUUGCUUGUUUACCAACAUGAACUCGCUGUUUUUCUCCGACACUCCGCCCGGUCCGGUCUGCAACGUCCCCACCGGGUCGGGCGCGGUGACCAGCGCCCUGCGUAACGACCUGGGCUCCAACAUCCAUGUGCUGAAAACCCUCAACCUGCGAUUCCGCUGCUUCCUCGCCAAAGUCCACGAGCUGGAGAGGAGGAACAAACUGUUGGAGAGCCAGCUGCAGCAAGCUCUGCAGAGACCGCAGUACCGACACCUUUACGCCCGGGAAGUCGCCGUGCAGACCGACGGCCCAGAGUCCAGGCUGCCAGGCACCAUCUGGAGCUUCACCCACGUCCGGAGGCAAGGAGAGCGCUUGGAGACCCUCCACGCGCCCGGGGUGACGUGGACGCACCCGGACGGAGUUGGGGUCCAGAUAGACACCAUCACCCCAGAAGUGAGGGCUCUGUACAACGUGCUGGCCAAAGUCAAGAGGGAGAGGGACGAGUACAAGAGGAAAUGGGAGGAGGAGCUGUCCAAACGACAGCAGCUGGAGUCCACGGUGGAAUCCCUGCAGCAGAGCGCCAGGGAGUCAUCAGAGGUCCAAGAUGAGCUGAGCGAGAAGGUGGACAGACUGAAGGCUGAACUCGUCGUCUUCAAGAGCCUGAUGAGUGACCAGCAAAUGUCUGACCUGGACUCUAAGAUUCAGGAGAAAGCCAGGCGGGUGGACAUGGACAUCUGCAGGCGGAUUGACAUCACAGCCAAGCUGUGUGACGUGGCUCAGCAACGCAACUCAGAGGACAUGUCAAAGAUGUUCAACGUCAGUCCUGUCAGGUCGCUCCCAGAGAAGGGUGCCAUGGCCUGCUGCAGGAGAAAAGAGCGUAAAGUCGUGUCUGAUGAGGAGACAUCGGAAAUGGAUGCCGAGCCCAGCCCGACAGAGGAGGAGGUUCCUGGGUCACUCAACAUCACAGACGAGAUGAAACGCAUGCUCAACCAGCUACAUUGCUCAGAUAACUCCUUUGUUGCCAGGCGCGAAACGUUCGAAAUUGACGACGACUGCGACAGUCUGACAUGGGAGGAGAACGAGGAGACUCUGCUGCUGUGGGAGGACUUCACAAACUACAACUUGCCGUGCGCCAUCACUGCGACUCCCUGCACAACCGCCUGCCCCUGUGAUGGCACAGUCGAAGCUGCUGAUCCAGACUCCCAGGAUGGAAGUCUUGGCAGCCUCAUUGAUGAAACAGAGUCACUAUUUAAGACCAGAGAGCAGGAGUACCAGGAGACCAUCGGCCAGAUCGAGAUGGAAUUGGCCACAGCAAAGAGUGACAUGAACCGACACUUGCACGAGUACAUGGAGAUGUGCAGCAUGAAAAGAGGCCUGGACGUGCAGAUGGAAACCUGUCGGCGAAUGAUAAAAGGUGGCAGGAACUCUCCUUCUUUCAGCUCUGUGGCCAGCAGUGACUCAGGGAACACAGAUGAGAUCCAGGACGAGAUUUUGGACAAGGACCCAGAGGCUGAAGUCCCUGUUAGUUGAUGGCUGCAUGGCCGGGCCCUGUCUAUCUCCUCCUGUCUACCCCUGGUCAUCACAGGGUUUAAAACCCUACCACAGAGGUGGACCAAUUUAAAUCUGGGCCUGUCUGUCCUAUCAAAGUUCUGAUGGUCGUGCUCACUGACCAAGACCCAGAACUGGUGCUUUUAUACGGUUUCUGUUGUUUAGAAAAUGGUGUCGGGGGUAUCUUUGCUUCCAAAAGAGAAAAGAGUGCAUAAAGAAACCAAGCUGUGCUCUCUUCCUCGCUGGAUCCUUGUCCAGAGCUUCACAUAAUUUUGGGGGGCAAAAAAUAUUUUAAAUGCGAUAAGAAGUGUUUUUUACCCUAUUAAGAUCCUUUAUUUCUAAAGGAAUUGAAUACAGUACAUAUUGUGCUCGUUGUUUGGUGAACCACAAAUACAUUAUUCACCAAAAAGAAACCACACCAUUCUUUUAAAUUUUUUAUAUUUAUUUUAGAUUGCAAGGGUUGGUUCCUUGUGAUUGGAAUAUGGUCUUGUUUUUGCAUUAUUUGAGUCCAGGUGGGGUAUUUGCAAUCCGAAUUAAACUGUAGGGGAAUUAAGUGUCUUCUGCCUAGGAGACAAAAACAAGUGGAGACAAAUGGUGUUGGAGAUCUGGUGGUUUCUGAGGGAACUCGACAGGGUUGCCAAAGUUGUCAGAGGAAAGGAGCACAGCCUUUUGAUGCGUCAGUGCACUACUGAAGUUCUAUGCAAUUUAGCUGGCCUUAUUUUUGGACUGGCUUUCACCCUUCCUCGUUUCUCUUAAAACCAUUAGCCUUUUAAGCAAAGCAGGUGUUUUCUAUGUAUCAGUUUAAGAACACUUGUUUGUGUAUAAAAUAAACUUUGUAUGGGACAUUUGUUUUUUCCAUGAACAUCAACAGUAAAAACUGGAACAGCGCCCCCUAAUAUCUUAAUUUAUGGCAAUAAUAGUCAAUAUUUGCCAGAUAUUAUGCUGCUAAAUCAGCCAGUGCUGUGAUUUUACUGGGAAGCAUUGUUCUCAUCAUGUGCAGUUUAUUUGUGCACAAUAAGACACAUAAAAAUAAAAACGGAUAAAGUUCAAUCACUGUAGUAAAAGAAGCUGAAUCAAAUGUCAAAGCCAAACAAUGCCCUCUAACAUUUCAAGCAAAACCAAAGGACUCAUUUUUAAAAGGUUCUGUUUUACAUUAACCUUAUACAUGAGCAUUGUUUAUACUCAUUUUACUUUUAGGAAAUGAUUAUCUUUGUUGUGUGUGGUGUCAGUACUUUUUCCUGCUGUGCUGCGGGGGACUCUGUUCCAGACAGGUUGCACAUCCUGCUUUGUCUCCUCUGAAUCGGGGCUUGAAACAUCAGACUGUACAUAGAGGGCUGUAGGCAUGUGAUCGUAUACCCCAGAGGCCUUUUUUGUUUAUAAAUGUCUUUUUGCGACAGAUUGAGAUGUCUCAUAAUUUCGCUGUUCAGUGUUUCCACUGGAUGAGCGCAGAAACUGAUCGACGCAUGGGGACAGAAGUGAUCUUUUUAAUCACCUCUUUGUAUUAUAAUGUAUGUACGGUUUGCUGGAUCAAAGAUUAAAAAGUGCUACUUCUAUCUAGAAGUUUUACAAAGCAGAAUGUUAAAAUACAGCCUUUUGUUGUUUAAGCAUGCCUGUGGGAUGAAAAAGGAGCUGUGGGUCUUUUUUUAUAUAACAUUAUAUUUUGAACUAAAAAAGCUGCAAUGCAGACUGUGCGCUAUGUUUUUAAUCAAAACACUGUCUAUUCUAAUCAUUAAGUAAUGGUAUUUGUGGCAGAAAAUGUAUUUUUCACUGUUUUUAAUCAUUCUGUGUUAACCAAAAAAAAAAACUGUGUCAACUGUGUUCUUGUCGCCAUAGUCAGCUGUGAUUAUUUUUGCAGGAUUAUUAAUCUUUUUGGAGGUUUUGGUCAUUUAUUGACCAUUGCAGGUCGCCCAUAAUACAAACUAACCAAUUAUAUCAGACAAGAGUGAGGAAAAGCCUCACUCACAGAAAACUUUGUAUUUCCUGUCUUUAAGUUGAUAUAAAACCAGCCUGAUAAGUGACAAAGAGCCAUUCUGUUAAUGGUACUGUACUUUGUAGCAACAAAGUCAAACAUUGUUGAUUGUGUGGCUGCAACACCCAGGAACAUACAGUGGUGUUUAACAAAAAGGGUAUCACCUCAUAAAACUGCAAUUGUCCCCCGAACUACUCAAGUAUAUGGCAACAUAUCUUACAGGUUGCAUAAAGAUAACAGUGAAGUGUGUUGGCGAUGAUGUAAAUUUGCAUCAGCUGAUACUUCUAGCUAUGUAAACACCAUCUGAGUCAUCCCUUGUUUGUGUUAGGUGACGCCUGGUGAACUUUUCAUUUUGCUUUUCGUUUAAAAUGUUGAACUGAAGCGACUUGAGGGCUUCCGGUAACAUUUCAGCCAAGAAUGUCAUGUCAACAAAACUGUCAUGUAAAGGUUGCAAGUGCUCAUUUUGAAAUAUUUUGAGAGCAGCUCUCAAGUAUCAGUUAGCUCUUCCCGAACUUUUAUUAAAUAUCUUUUGUUUAUAUUUCUAAUUGUGAUGCUAUUCAUUAAUGCAUCUCAAAAAAAGAAUUAGAAAGGAGUGAAAUUCAUAACUUUUUUUUUUUAAACACCAGUGCAACAGAUCACCCAUAAUACAAACUAAUUGAUUAUGUCCGACAAGAAUGAGGGACAGCCUCGCUCACAGAAAAUAAAGAAUCAUACUUUUAUCUUUGCGUUGACAUAAAACCAGCCUGUUCAGUAACAAAGAGCCAUUCAUUUAUUAGUACUGUACUUUGUAGCAACAUCAUCAAACUUCAUUUACUGAUUGUAUGGCUGUAACAUCCAGGAGCAUCAGCUGUCUUUCACACAACUCUGGCCAUAACACUAACCAGCCAACCAAAGCAAACGUGUACAGUAACGUGACAAAGAUGCAAAUCAAGCUAUGAAUCCGACUGACUCUGGAAAGUCUCAGUGUUCGAACAUGCCUACCACAGAUGUGUUUGUGUGCAGACUUUUGUAUGGUUUGGAAAAAUGUAUUGUUUUCCAUUAUCACUAACUUUUCAGGACGUGUUAUCUCCACUCUCCAAUCCCUUGAAGCAGGUUCCAGUUAUAUAUCAGUUGAAAAUACUGUAGCAACCCUCCUCGUUGAAUGUAGCUUGGUUGGAGGAAUCCUCUAAAGACCUUAAGUCAAAGCUGCGCAAAAAGACAUGUAGCUGUUAAAAACCCAGGGAUACAUGGUGUGCUGUUACUGCGUGGAGACCUUGGUAUGUUUUGCUUUAUUAAACAGGUUCUUAGUCUGAUCAACUUACAGUUUGUGACCUACAUGUAUGUAAAUUAGGUCAUGGUGGAUGCGAAUGUUUCAUACUAUAAAGGGGUUUUAUACGAGUGGUUUUUAUCUGUAAAGCACUAGGAUUAUAUGGUUGUGUUAGCUGUUGUGUCAACACAGUUUUACAUGUUCAUUGGCAUAACUGUUUGCUGUUAACGUCUUUAUUACUUUUAAUAUCAUAAACAUGACGGGGAGAUAAAAGGUGCAGCAAUACUUGUGGCCAUAUUUGGGUAUUUUCUGCUGACCUGUGUUGGAUACUGGUCUUUGUGUUUGUUUUGCCUCAUAGGUGGCAUCCUGUUGAUUUUUCUAUUUUAUUUAAUUGCUUUUCUCUCUUUAGGAUUUUUGUUUCUUUAAACUAUUGAUACAGUGUAUUCAUGUGGGUCUAGGGCAGAUUCAGUUUUGAAAUGUACUCAAUUGAUUCGGGGAUAAAAUGAAAUAAAAUGGAGGAUUGGAUAAAAUAAA